AUGGCUACGUUCCAGCGUGUUAACAUGCCCGCGCAGUUCAUGACACCUUCACCUUCCACAUUGAACGACAUACAUUUGGCAUCUAACGACAGUGACAGCAGUACCAGCAGGUAA